AGCGGUCCCAGGCUCUCACACCCACAAGUUUCCGUUCCUCCCUCCAGGAAACCCAGCUGGGGAGGAGUUUGCUCCACCCUGCCAAGGAACCAACUCCGGGAAAUCAGUGGUGAAAAGACUACAAUUCCCAGGUGGCCCUCUUCCUAGGUCCCGCCCCGAACAGCUGAGAGCCAAUUGGCGGAAGUGAGAAGUGACGGACUUGGUGACCAGUGAGUUACUUGAGUGGUGCCUGCAGGACCCAAUGAACGAAAAGGGGCGGGGUUUGCAGCAGCUGCCCGGUUUUCUGGACCCAAGAACUGAGCUGGCGGCGGCAUGAGAAGGGCCCGCGGAACCGGAGACCGUCGGGGAGGCCGGGACCGGGGCGGGACCGGGGCCAAGGCUGCCGAGGAGAAACUGACAGCGCAGCAAACCCGCGGCCUCAAAAAUAAGCCUAACUCAGAAUCCUGGAGAAGGCAGAAGCUGCUGCAGAUUCAUGAAGCCCUGAGCCAGGAUCCAGUAGAUGUGGAGUUACUACGAAAGGCUGCCCAAAGCCGAGGGGGCCUACUUAGUGACCAGGUCCGGAGGAAGGUCUGGCCCCGGCUUCUGGGCCUUAGCCCCUAUGACCUGCCACGCCAUCCAGGCCGAAGCUCGCUGCAGGAUCACAGAGACUAUCACCAGGUGCAGAUGGAUGUGGAGCGCUCCCUGGCCCACUUUCCCCGGGGGAUGCGCCCUGAGCAGAGGGCAGUGCUCCAGGAGCAGCUGGUGGCCGUGAUCCUGGCUGUGCUGAGCUCGCGGCCGGAGCUGCACUAUUACCAGGGCUACCACGAAGUGGCGCUGGCCCUGCUGCUGGUGCUGGGGCCCCGAGCGGCCGCCGCCUUGCUGGACCAGCUCUCCAUGCACCACCUAAGGGACUUCAUGGAUCCCACAAUGGACAACACCUGGCACAUCCUGAACUACCUGCUGCCUCUGCUGGCCCGUGAGAGUCCUCAGCUACACAGUUUCAUGGAGAGGGCCGAGGUGGGAACAGUCUUUGCCCUAAGCUGGCUGCUGACCUGGUUUGGCCAUGUGCUGCCCGAGCCCACCCACGUGCUGCGUCUCAUGGACUUCUUCCUGGCUUCUCACCCACUCAUGCCCAUCUAUGUGACUGCUGCGGUGGUUUUACACCGGGAGCCAGAGGUCUUAGCAUGUCCCUGUGACAUGCCAAGCCUGCACCAGCUGCUAUCUCGCCUGCCCCAGCCAUUGCCCACUGAGUCUCUCCUGGCACAGGCCCUGAACCUCUUUACCCGACAUCCCCAUUCCCAACUAGCCCAGGAGACCUCCAUGAGGACCCAUAGCAGCUUAUCCAUUGAAGGCUCCUUCACAGCUCUCCGAGCAGCCUCAGCACAUCAGCGGCCUGACUGGGUCUUACAGAAGCAGCGGCAACAGCCAGGGUGCCAGAAGGCUUCAGGGAGUCAGGCUGGGCCCAGUACCCUGGUGAAAGCAGCAGUAUGGGGUCUCUCAGCCACAUUAGGGGCAGCAGCCCUGGCUAUCACACAGACUGCAUUGGGCUGGGGCCCUGAAGUUCUCUGGAAGAUCUUCUAGAUAGACUCAUAUCCUGUUGUGACCACAGUUGACCCCCAGACGGUGGACUAGCUAUUAUUGGACUGAGCACAGCUCAAAUAGCCAUAGCUGGACUGGUCAAUCAUGAUAGCCCUGGCAACUGUACCCAGCUGGACAGAAGGACCUGAAGAGAUGGCUGGGAAGGGAAGGUCAGACAUUAUUCCUUCUCUCUUUCCUUGACCAUACCCCUCUCCCAACCCCCUAUCACUCCCCCACACACAAGGAAAGAGUCACUGGACAGGGUUCGUCUGCAGAUACUGCUGGGGGACAGAAGUGAGGAAACCUUUGGACCAUUCUAUCCAUCUGUUUCCUUGGGGCAAUGGUGAGCCAUCAUGAUUUUGUAUCUGGACUAAUAAAUUCAUCACAUCCUGGCUCCCUAUUACCCAGGGAGUUCGUUGUUUUUAUCCCUGGGCCAAAGCAACACAGAUAGGCCUGGGGGAGUGGAGGGAUUUAUCAGUGACUUUGUGCCUCCUCCAGCUCCUAGAAACACUGCUUCACAUGGUUAAUUGGACAUGGGAAUCGUGGGGCCUGACUUUUCCACUCCUCCUUCAGGCCUGGCAAUUGACAUAAAAUGGACACACUUUCAGUCUCCCAGACAGAAGGACAGUCAGACCCACAAAGUCUGGAAAAAGAAGCUGAAAGAGGUCUGACAAAUUGAGGUGCAAGUAGAAAGGCAGAUUAAAGAGAAAGGAAGUCUCAGAGUCCUAGGGAGGAGGAGCCCAGAGAUGGAGGCAAAUACAUAAGAGGGAGAGGCAGAAAGAGCCAGACUCCAGAAGGAGAGUGACAGACAGAGGAGCUAGAAUAUGAAACCCAGGCCGGCCUCUAGCUGCCCUCCCUCCCAAAGGACCUGCUUUCCCUCAGA